AAAAAACGUGCACGUGCACCACGUGCAACCAAGACCACGCCAACACGACUUCGAGCUUCUGAAGGAGAGUGAGCUGGUUCCAUCGUGCGACGCCCGGGGGCGACGCUUGGAUAUUUUCAUCAAUUUUUCGACGCCGCCGGAAGAUAAAGCGUGCAUAACCUCUACGUGCAACCAAGACCACGCCAAGACGACUUCGAGCUUCUAAAGGAGAGUGAGCUGGUUCCUUUUAUUAUUUCACAACAAACCCUCUAUCUUACUUACUUACAAUUUCUAACCAAAUUUUACACAAUUGUUCAAAAUGACGUCACAAGACAAAACUUUUCCCAACGACAUUGUUCAACUUUCACGCAGUAGAGCAGCAUUUAAGGGUAAACUUACCCAAUUCACCAAUUUCAUAGAUAAUUUAGCAACUCCAUUAACUGCAGAUGAUAUUUUAAACCUUGAGUUUCGCAUAGAAAAUGUUACAUCAACUUAUGAGAAAUUUGACACAAUUCAGAUGCAAUUAGAGUGCCUGUCCGAGGACACCAGUUCUCAACUCCUCGAACGUGAAAAGUUCGAGGAGCUUUACUUUGAGAGCCUAGCCAAGGCCAAAGGCCUGGUUAUGGCCUUUAGAAACGACAAUGAUGAACCUGAAGCCAAACCAUCUCAUAGUAGUGAAUGUAUUGACUCCAUUAAAUUUCCAGAAAUUGCAUUACCCAGUUUUAGCGGUGACUUUAGGGAAUGGCUUGAAUUUAGGGAGACAUUCGAUGCCUUAAUAAAUCAGAGUUCAUUAAAAUCAAUACAAAAGUUUAAAUAUCUUCGCAGUUGUCUGAAGGACGGAGCUCUCGAGGUUGUCAAUUCGAUAGAAUACACAUCUGAUGGUUACCAAAUGGCGUGGAGGCUGUUGUGUGAACGCUACAACAACCCUCGCUUACUAGUUUCAAAUCACCUUCGAUCUCUCUUUGAAAUACCAUCUAUUUCAUCUGAAAAUGCCAAGUCACUUAGAGCAUUAAUUGAUAAUAUAAACAAACAUCUGCGAUCACUUCACACACUUAACAUUCCCAUUGAUGAUUGGGACUUAAUUAUCAUUUAUUUUAUGUCGAACAAAUUACCUUCCUCGCUGCAACGAUCAUGGGAGGAAAACCAAAGCUCAAAUGUACUACCUUCGUUGCAGGACUUCAAAAACUUUAUACGGAGGCGAGCUGACAUUCUCGACAACUUGAAUGUCACUAAACCUGGGGGCCCGGAGGCACGGAAAAGUUUGGUAACCACAUCCUCAAAGCCAAUUGUAAAUCCUUCGUGUCCGCAGUGUAAAGCUCACAUCAAAUUGGCAGACGAGAACUUCUCUUCAGCGGGUGAGGUUGACCUACUCAUUGGCGCUGAGCUAUUUUACAACUUAUUGUGCUUUGGAAGGCAUAGUCUGGGAGAGGGCUGUCCUAUAUUACAAAAGACAAAGCUGGGCUGGAUAGUAUCAGGGUCUUUAGCAAGUCCCAUACAGGUACGAUGCAAUUUAUCAUUAAAAACUCAAUUAAAACAUUUCUGGGAAAUGGAGGAAUGUGGUGACAAUCCAUUCACUCCCCAUAAUGAUCAAGUGUCCUAUGAUGACAAAGUAUGUGAGAAGGUGUUCAUGACACACACUCGCAAUGCUGAGGGCAACUUUGUAAUACAAUUACCAUUCAAAUUUCCUAUUAGUAAUUUGGGUCAAUCUAAGCACAUUGCCCAACAACGAUUCCAUUCAUUAGAACGAAAAUUUUCAAAAAACGAUGAGUUUAAGCAAAUGUAUAUUCAAUUUAUGAGAGAAUUUGAACAAACAGGGCGCAUGGAGAAAUGUACUUCCUCUGACGUCCCGCUUAAUUUCUUACCACAUCAUGCUGUUGUCAACCUAGAGAAGUCUACCACACCCCUGAGAGUAGUUUUCGAUGCUUCUUGUCCAACUUCGUCCGGGUAUUCUCCGAAUGAUAUUUUGCACAAGGGCACAAUCAAACAGGAUACACUAAAUCACAUUUUAUUACGUUUUCGAUUGCACAAAUAUGUAAUUAACGCCGACAUACGUAAAAUGUUUUGUUGCAUACACAUAAAUGCUGAUCAACAACCUCUGCAAUGCAUUCUGUGGAGGGAGGAGCCUCACCAUGAGCUUCAAACUUUCAAAUUAACAACACUCAGCUUUGGGCUGAAACCUGCGCCGCACAUUGCAACACGCUGCUUACUGCAUUUGGCACAAGAAACUCGCACUGCUUUGCAACAACUUCCAGAUGCAGCACGGUCGUCAGCCGAGUUGCCGGUGGCAGCCGCAGCGGCCGCAGCGAUCGAGGAGCAGUUCUACGCUGAUGACCUACUUCUCUCAGGUGACGAUGAGCACAGAAUCACGCAGGUCGCCCUGGAGGUAGACAGAGUCCUGCGCACAGCCAACUUUCAUCUACGUAAGUGGAAAACUAAUUCAUCACAAAUUCAACAAGCACUACCUACACAAACAGAAAGUACAACAUCACAAAGCGUCCAACUCGGACAACCAGGGGAUAGCUUGCACAAAAUAUUAGGACUUCAAUGGUCAAACCAAAACGACAAUUUGAAUUAUUCAAUUAAUUUGCAACCUAUACCAAAUAAUGUAACAAAACGAGUUAUUUUAUCUCGAGUUUCAAGUAUCUUCGACCCUUUGGGUCUAUUAGGCCCAUGCCUAAUUCUUGCCAAAUGCUUCAUUCAACGACUAUGGGUGGACGGGUCGGAUUGGGACCAACCUAUUUCACAAACUCUUUUAAAAGAUUGGUUAACAUUUUACAAUGGACUUCAAUACCUAAGAUUAUUACAGAUUCCCAGAGUAGUUACAAUAAGCAAUUAUAUAACUUUCCAAUUACAUGGGUUUGCAGACAGCUCCACACAAGCUUACGGGGCGGCCAUUUAUGUGCUUACAACCAAUGCACAAGGCCAAACUCUAGUUCGAUUAUUAUUUUCAAAAACACGAGUAGCACCACUAAAAACUCAAACUAUACCCCGCCUCGAAUUGAGUGCGGCGUUAUUGUUGGCAGUCAAUAUGAAGGAUUUGCAGUCAUCACUCAAAGUCCCUAUAAACGACAUUCAAUACUGGUCCGACUCGACUAUCACGUUAGCGUGGAUAAAGACAGAACCUCACAAGCUAAAUACAUUUGUAGCCAACAGAGUUACCAAGAUUCAAGCUCUAACAGACAAGUCCAAAUGGCGCUGGGUUCCUAGUAAUGAAAACCCAGCAGAUUUGCUUUCAAGGGGGGUUUUACCUGACAAAUUAGUUAACUGCACAACUACCUCUAAGUUUUGGUUUGAAGGACCAACAUUUUUGAGUAAACCACAAGGUGAGUGGCCUCAAAAUAAACAACAAACCCAAGAAUUAAUUGAGCUAAAGGCAAAACAUUCCCCAUGCAAAACAUUAUGCAACACAACACAAAAUAAGGCUAACGAUAACACAUUCAUAAACAAUUUAAUUUCAAGGUGGUCCAGUGACACGAAACUAUUUCGUAUAUUUGCACUCGUACUAAGGUUUUUACACAACUGCAAAAAUAAAACCCACAAAAUUACAGGGCCAAUUUCAUGCCAAGAGCAAAGGCAAGCUGCCAAUAAACUAAUAAUAUUUACACAAAUAGAAUCAUUUCCUAACGAAUACAAACUUCUUAAAAAUAACUCACAAUUACCUAAAACCUCAAAACUUUUGAGUCUUAAACCAUUUAUGGAUAAUGAUCUUAUAAGGGUGGGAGGACGUCUUAGUCAAUCACACUACGAAUUUGACAAAAAACACCCCAUCAUACUACACAGCAAUCACACAUUAACCAAACUAAUUAUGAGGAACGAGCACGUCCGCCUCAUGCAUGCAGGACCCCAGCUGCUGCUGUCUAGCAUGAAGGAGCAGUACUGGCCUAUCAAGGGUAAGCUUUUAGCCAAUAACAUUUUUAGAGAAUGCGUACCUUGCUUCAGAGCCAAGCCACAUACACCGACGCCUAUUAUGGGCGACCUACCAGGUCACAGAGUGCAACCGGCGCCGCCAUUUUACACUGUGGCACUAGACUAUGCAGGUCCAUUUCUACUCAAAGACAGGCAGGGACGUGGUUGCAAAACUUACAAGUCCUAUAUUGCCAUUUUUAUAUGUUCUUCAACGAAGGCCGUACAUAUUGAACUUGUUACAGGUCUAGAAACUCACAGCUUCCUAUCGGCGUUCAGAAGGUUCAUAGCUAGACGCGGGAAGCCACGAGUGGUGGUGAGCGACAACGGCACCACCUUUCGGGGUGCUGACAGGGAGUUAAGGGAGCUAUACGAUUUUCUUAACACGAACUCUAACGAAUUGACAACUUCGUGCACCGAGCAAGGUAUCGAAUGGAAGUUUGUACCUAGUUACUCACCUCACAUGAAUGGUUUGGCAGAGGGCGCUGUCAAAAGUUGUAAAUAUCAUCUUAAGCGUGUCCUAAAACAAAGUCUACUUACCUAUGAAGGUUUCUCAACAAUUUUAAUUCAGAUAGAGGGCAUCCUUAACAGCAGACCUUUAUGUCCCAUUCCUUUUUCCGAUUCCGAAAUAUUCCAAGUCCUUACACCAGCUCACUUCCUAAUAGGAAGAACUCCAGUGGCACUGCCGGAUUACCAAUACGACGAAGUCCCAACCAACCGACUUAAAUACUUUCAACAACUCCAACAGAUCUACCAAUCUUUCUGGAAGGGCUUCUCAAGAGACUACGUGGGGCUACUCCAACAACGAGGCAAGUGGCAGAGCUCCAAGGGACCCACGCUGGCAGCGGGCUCCGUAGUUCUCAUCAAGGACAAGCACACUCCACCAUGCCAGUGGAGACUGGCAAGGAUCAUCGAGACACACCCCGGGGGCGACGGCGUGACUCGCGUUGCCACACUGAAGACAUCCCAGGGCUCCACCAUCAAGCUGUCCUUCCCGAAGAUUUGUCCUCUACCAAUAUUAGAUAAUAAUUAACUUACUUAAAUAACAUUAUGUAUUAACCUUUCUUGUAUCUUAUUUAUCAUUGAAAAUAACUUAAAAUAUCUAGAGUAUCAUACUAUUAUAUUAUAACCAUUUUGCCUGUAACCAAAUGUAACUUAGACUCAUAUUUCAUUUUGUGUAAUACUUGUUUCAAGCAAAUGUAUCUUAAACUCAUACAGUAUAAUUUCAUAUUAUUAGAUAGUACUUAACUGUAUUGCAUUAGUUAGUACAUUAUCAUUAAUGCCAAUAUUUAUUUGUGAAACUUCAAUAAAUGCUUAAGUUGUGUGGGUUUCAUUGAAAUACCAGAGUAGGUACAUAGAUAGGUAGGUAACUUAUUUCAAACAAAUUAACAAUACACAAGUAAUUUAGAUUUCAAUUUAUUGUAGCAAUUAAACCUAAUAAUGUAAACACUUAACUUAGUAGGUACACUCAAUUAAUACACUUUAAAUACAACAAUUUAAAUACUUAAAAUUAAAUUAUUUAACUAUUUCAAGGGGGGAGCAUGUUCCGAACCCAGGUUAGCGCCAUCUACCUAUAUUAUUAUAAAACAAAUGUUUGUAAAGCGCCAUCUAUAAUUCAUCUUGCUUUAUAAGAACUAACAGUACAAUUUACAGUUU